ACGAGGAGCAAAGUUUCGUUGGCGCCAACGACACGCAGCAGAUAUGUAUACAUCAUGGAAGAGUAAACUACUUCUUUUUGAAAUGCCAGAAAACCAAACAACUCUUACUAGAAAUAGCAAUGGAGGUACAGGAGAGGAUUUCACUGUUGUCGAAUCAGGGUCAAGUAAAAAGACAGAUAGAAGGAAAACAGACCGUAGCGAUAAAGAAAGAAAAGUAAGUGAGGAUAUUUUGUUGACAGCCGAGGAUCUUCUGCACGAGAUUGAUGACGCUAUCAAACCUAAGAUUAGUAAAGUGGAGUUCAGACCAAGUACUGUUCAGCUUGGAAUUGAAAAUGCAAUGCACCGACAUGACAGAGUUAAAAUUACUAAUGAGCCAGGAACAAUUAAGAAUUUAGGGAACAAAACACGCAAGGAUACGUGUGUUAAAGCAUUUGAUAAAUAUGGGCUAAUUAACAUAGACGCAGUAGCAAAAUGGGUUACCAGUUCAAAUGUUGACAUUGAUUUGACAACAGCUACACAAAAAACCGAUCAUCCAGUUACGAAACAACAGAAAGAGAAUGAUAGCGUUUUAAAAAGUCUGACGUAG